GGAACCCUCAUUUCAUUAUGUGUAAAAUGGGGAUUAUAUCACCAAGCAGAAUUGUUAUAAGGAUCAAAAUCACUUAAGUAAAAUACUUAGCAUGUAGUAUUCAUUAAAUAAAUGGUAGCUUUUUAUAAAUAUAUCUUUCUUAUAUACAAGUGUUUGAGGUUCAUGGAGAACUUCAAAACAAUAUUCUUUAAUAUUUUAAUCAAUAUAACCUCCUUUAUAUAGGGUGGCAAUUCAGAGAAAUUGCAUGCAAUUAAUAGGAACAAAAUACAUUACUCAAAAAAAUAUUCUCAUAAAAAUUACUACUAGAACAGUUUUAAUCUUGGGUACAGUUUUGUGCCUAUAAAAUAAAAUGUACUUAAGAAAGAAAGAUAACUUAUGUAAUAUAGCCUAUUUUCACAAAGCUUCAUGUCUCUGCCCUCUCCACACUCUGGAGAUCACAGAUUAAGUCAUGGCCUACCCUUUUCAAGUCAUUCCCAGGGGUAAACAAAAAAAAAUAAAAAGAGAGAGGAGGAGGAGGAUACCUUUGCCCUCAAAAAAUGCUAAGUUUUCUUAGUGGAAAGUUUCCCACAUCAUUCUCGAGAUGGGAGGCUGAUACAGCACUGCUGAUAAGGGUCAAGCCCCAGACCCAGGAAACCUUACAUUUAUCUCUUAUCACAGGAAGCAGUGGAACCAGGCUUCUUUCUGGCAAUGUCCCACAGGUUCAGAGAUGUUAAGAUUUGCCACAUACUGGCCCACUUAGCCUAAGAUAUCUAACCAUAUCAGUAGUAUCAUUCAAAAUAAAAAAUCUUUUUAUGGACUUUCUUAUCAGUUUUAGUUCUCACUUUGUACAGUUCUCUCACAUUGCACUUUCCUAAACCUUUGUCAUGACAGUAGACAGUCUGGGAAAUAGGAAUGGAAAAAGACAUCAAAGAAUCACGUGCUCUAGCCUUUCUGUCUGUGGACUCUGCUGAGGAAGCAUCAUUGAAGUCUCUCUUCCCACUGCCGUCAUGUCUAAGUCAGUCUCCUAAAGAACCUGGACAGCUGCAGAAGCUAUUCAUCGGAGGGUUGAGCUUUGAAACGACCGAUGAGAGUCUGAGGAGCCAUUUUGAGCAAUGGGGAACGCUCAUGGACUGUGUGGUAAUGAGAGAUCCAAACACCAAGCGCUCCCGGGGCUUUGGGUUUGUCACAUACACCACCGUGGAGGAGGUGGAUGCAGCGAUGAAUGCACGGCCACACAAGGUGGAUGGAAGAGUUGUAGAACCAAAGACAGCUGUCUCCAGAGAAGAUUCUCAAAGACCAAGUGCCCACUUAACUGUGAAAAAGAUCUUUGUUGGUGGCAUUAAAGAAGACACUGAAGAACAUCACUUAAGAGACUAUUUUGAACAUUAUGGGAAAAUUGAAGUGAUUGCAAUUAUGACUGACAGAGGCAGUGGCAAGAAGAGAGGCUUUGCUUUUGUAACCUUUGAUGACCAUGAUUCUGUGGAUAAGACUGUCAUUCAGAAAUACCAUACUGUGAAUGGCCACAACUGUGAAGUAAGGAAAGCCCUGUCAAAGUAAGAGAUGGCUAGUGCUUCAUCCAGCCAAAGAGGUCGAAGUGGUUCUGAAAACUUUGGUGGUGGUCAUGGAGGUGGUUUUGGUGGCAAUGACAACUUUGGCCGUGGAGAAAAUUUCAGUGGUCGAGGUGGCUUUGGUGGCAGCCAUGGUGGUGGUGGAUAUGGGGGCAGUGGGGAUGGGUACAAUGGAUUUGGUAAUGAUGGAAGCAAUUCUGGAGGUCGUGAAAGCUACAAUGAUUUUGGCAAUUACAACAAUCAGUCUUCAAAUUUUGGACCCAUGAAGGGAGGAAAUUUUGGAGGCAGAAACUCUGGCCCCUAUGGUGGUGGAGGCCAAUACUUUGCCAAACCAUGAAUCCAAGGUGGCUAUGGUGGUUCCAGUAGCAGCAGUAGCUAUGGCAGUAGCACAAGGUUUUAAUUAUUCCCAGGAAACAAAGCUUAGCAGGAGAGGAGAGCCAGAGAAGUAACAGGGAAGCUACAGGUUACAACAGAUUUGUGAACUCAACCAAGCACAGUGGUGGCAGGGCCUAGCUGCUCCAAAGAAGACAUGUUUUAGACAAUACUCAUGUGUAUGGGCAAAAAACUCGAGGACUGUAUUUGUGACUAAUUGUAUAACAGGUUAUUUUAGUUUCUGUUCUGUGGAAAGUGUAAAACAUUCCCAAAAAGGGUUUUAAAAUGUAGAUUUUUUUU